AUGAGUUUGGGUAGAAUAAGGGCCCAUUUGGGACUUGGAACCAACGCUGCCACCACUUUCAAAAGAUCAUUCCAUUUAUCAUCAAUAAAAUAUAAUCAACAACAAUCAAAUUUAUUUGGUGAAAUAACAACACAAACUGAACCAGUAAAUAAAAAACAUAGUCUUGCAGAUUCAUUAGAUUCACAAAGUGAUAAAAAAAUCAAUAAAGAUAAAAUUACUUUGAAAAAUGAUACAGAACUACAGAAAUUUAUAGGUCAUGAACCAACACCUGCAGCAAAAAAAUAUUUAAGUCCUUUAAAACAAUCAAUUUAUGAAGCAAAUGUUGCAAAGAAUGGGUUUUUCAAAAAUAAAGAUGAAAUUAGAUUACCAAAUGGUGAAGUUUAUAGAUUACAAUUAACUCAAAGAGAAAUUGAAGCACUUGAACCAAGUAUGUACUUGAAAAGUUUUAGAAUUAAAAGUUCCAUUAAAAAAGCCACUGUUGUUACAAAAUUAUUGAAUAAAUUAAAUUUAAAAGUUGCCAUUACACAAGCACAUUUCAAUCAAAAAAGAAUUGCAAGAGAAAUUGGUGAUUUAUUAUCAAAAGGUUUAAAAGAAUCAAAAGAAUUAAAUUUUAAUCCUGAUGAAUUAUUUCUUGAUCAAAUUUGGGCUGGUAAAGAUGGUCAUUUAAUGAAAAGAUUAGAUCCAAAGGGAAGAGGUAGAACAGGUGUUAUAGAACAUGGUCAUAUUCAUAUUAAAGCUAUUUUAAAAGGUGAACAAACUAAAAAAAGAAUUGCAUGGGAAAAAGAACAAAAACAAUUAAGAAAAAAACCUUAUCAACAAUUACCUUCUGAAUCAUUACGUUGGAGACCUGAUGGAUUUUAUAGAUGGUAA